GUUUUAUUCCAGAUGGUCUACUUGGGAAUUUAAUUCAGUCUGACACGCUGGUGAGAGCUAAGAUCGGAGACACUGUGACUCUCCCAUGUCUUUAUCCUGCACAAGAACUGCCCGAUAUCAGCUGGUUAAAACAGCCUCUUGGACAGAAGCCUCAGCUUAUGGUAGUACUAAUUAACUAUCAAACAGAUCCUGUAUUUUUCAAUGAGUUUAAAAACAGCACGCGUUUCAGUGCCAAGACAAAACAGGGGAGCUUUAACCUGACUGUGUCACAAGUAGAGCCGUCUGAUUCAGCCACAUACUACUGUGCUCUUACAGUCUUCAGAGAGCUCAGCUUUGGAAAUGGAACCACUUUAAUGGUGAUGGUAGAUGGCUCAGAGUUACACAGCAGGACAGUAGUACUGCAGCAGCCCGAGUCUGAGUCAGUGCAGCCAGGAGACUCUGUGACUCUGCAGUGUACAGUAUACACUGAGACCUGUGCAGGAGAACACAGUGUGUACUGGUUCAGACAGGACUCAGGAGAGUCCCGUCCAGGAAUCAUUUACACCCAUGGAACCAGGGGUGAUGAGUGCCAGAGGAGCUCUGGGGCUGUGUCUCCCACACAGAGCUGUGUCUACAACUUCCCCAAGAGGAACCUCAGCCCCUCUGAUGCUGGGACUUACUACUGUGCUGUGGCCACCUGUGGGGAGAUCCUGUUUGGGAACGGGACCAAGCUGAAUGUUAAGGUGCCAGGAAAAGAACAUCUGCCUCUUUAUUGCUUGGUGGGAGCUUUGACGUUGAGUGUGAUCCUAAAUGUUGUCCUCGCUCUAAAAAAGACAAAAGGCAGUGAGGAUGUCAAAGGGGCUGCAUCAAAUAAUCAAGUGCCCAGAGAAGACUUGUCGAGUGGACAGUGUCAAGAGGAAGCAAUGAAUUACGCUGCUUUGACUUUCACCAACAAGAAACCCAAAGUGAGGAGGAACAAGAGGGAAGUGGAGAAAGAAACGGUUUACUCAGAUAUGAGAUUUAGAGACCGCGAGUGAAGCUUUCGAUAAAAAUUCGUCUUUAUCUCAAGAAUGAUCACCGGUCAUCGAACAUUUCCUCACUAGCAUCGGUGACCAUCACACCAUGUGGCUGUAACUGACAUAGACUUCUGGGAUUUUACUUUUUUUGUACUAAGAGCCUGUGCUUGUUCAAUUCU